AUGAAUAAUGAUGUAGAUAUGGCUGAAUCGUAUAAGCCAAGAUGGGAAAAUAUGGCCGAAUCACCGAUAAUUGAGCAAGUACCAUCUAAGUAUAAGCUCAAACUAAAAUAUGGAGGCUAUUUUAGGCCAGCCAAGAACUCAUGUAGGAAAAUAUAUUGUUUUGGCUCUCAAAAAUGUAUCUGUAUUGACACAUGCUCAUACAACUUGAAUCAACUACAAGAUGAAAUUAGCAGACUUUAUAUAUCCAAGAGCAACCCCGUCUUCUCAACUGUUUUUGUUGACAAGAAUGCCACACGACAAUCUUUUAUUGAUCUUAUUCCGAUGACAACUUCAUGUGCUCAGGAUAAAGUUGUUGAAACAAAUGAUGAGGAUGAAUCAGAUUAUUGUCCAAGCGAAGAGAGUUAUCACAACCAUCUUAGUUCUGACGGUGAAGGUGCGAUGUUGAAUUAUGAAGGCGAAACGAACUCAUUUAACCAGAAAUGUCCAACGAUUAAAGUGAACUCUAAGUUUACAAACGCAGUUGCUUUCAAAAGAGCUUUGAACCAUCAUGCAAUCACAAAUGAGUACGAUUACUUUAUAGUGAAAAGUGAUCCAACACGCUUCAUUGCAAGAUGUAGAAACAUGGAGUGCGACUGGAGAAUACAUGCUUCUACCAUGCAAGAUGAAAUUACUUUUGAAGUGAAAACAAUGGUAGAAGCUCAUUCUUGUACUCGAAGCAACAAAGGCGGUAAUAACCGUGCCACACAAGGAUGGGUUGCUGUCUUUAGAGGGAAGGAACAAGCUUACACUGAUAUAUAUGGUAAGUGGGAAGAUUCAUUCAUUAAGAUGGAUGAUUUCAAAGCGGAACUACUAAAUAAGAACCUGGGAAGUGUUGUUGAGAUUGACUUUGAGAAAAAAGGUGACAAGAAACACUUCAAGAGGUUUUUUAUAUCAUUAGCAGCUUGCUCUAAAGGGUUUCUAGCUGGUUGUCGUCCUUAUAUUGGUCUUGAUGCAUGUCAUCUUAAAGGGAAGUAUAAUGGGGUACUAGCUGCUGCCACGGGAAUUGAUGGUAAUAAUUCAAUAUUUCCAAUUGCCUAUAGUGUGCUUGAAUCAGAGAAUACUGCAUCGUGGACAUGGUUCCUUGAGUCGCUAAAAAGAGCAAUUGGGACACCAAACGGUCUUGUCAUCUCAUCUGACAUGCAAAAAGGGUUAGAAGUAGCUAUUAUGCAUGUUUAUCCUAAUGUUGAGCAUAGAGAAUGCAUAAGGCACUUGUAUAGCAACUUUAAGAAACAUUUUCGUGGUGACUUCUUCUACUCUAACUUCUUCUACUCUAACCUAUGGGGUGCUGCAUUAACAUACCAUUCCAGUGAGCAUGAUAGAUUUAUGAAACAAAUUGCUGGUUUGCGUGAAAAUGCGAUUACAUAUCUUACUCAGAACCAUAAUAAGAUAUGGAGUCGAAGCAAGUUUGGCACAAUAUCCAAAUGUGAUUAUAUUACCAACAAUAUCUUUGAGGCAUUUAAUUCUUGGAUAGAAAAACUGCGUUAUAAGCCGGUGUUGGAUCUCGUUGAUUCCAUUAGGGAAAAAAUGAUAAAACGAUUUGAUAAGAAAAGAAGGAUUGUAAAAAAAUGGAAUGGCACUUUAGUUCCUAAGGCAAAAAGUUAUCUCAAUCAGAUCUCCAAGAACUUGGGUGAAUACAAAGUUUCAAGAACCAGUGAUACUCAAGCCGAAGUAACAUAUAAAACAAAACGUUAUGAGGUUAAUCUUCUUGAGAGAAAAUGCAGUUGUCGGGUGUGGCAAGUUAAAGGUCUCCCUUGUGUACAUGCAGCAACUUUGAUUGCUUUCACAAGAGAUAGUGAUUGGGACAAAUAUGUUGAUCCAUAUUUCUCCAUUGAGAAAUUUAAGGAAGCAUAUGCUUUAGAUUUUGGUACAAUAUCUGGGAAAGAUCAAUGGGUACAUAUAGAUACAGAGGAGAAGAUAUACCCGCCCAUUAUUAAACGCCCUCCCGGAAGACUGAAAAAAAACAGAAUUGUAUCACGAAACGAACCCAAAAGGAGAAGUCAUAAGUGUCCGCGAUGUGGUCGGUUUGGACACCGUGAAAAGACAUGCAAUAACGCAUCAUCUCAAAGUUCUGAUCAAUAUGAAACAUCUGAAGCACAUAAUAAUAAAAGGAGACGAGGAAAGAAGAGGAAAGCUCAUGAAAAUGGUGCAGAUUAA